AUCUCCACCACUCCUUUUAGCAGUGAAAAACUGGGAAGCCAGAAGAGAAGAGUAGCAACUUAUGGUAUGGGUUUGGAUCUGGAGAAAGUCAGAGAGAAAGAGAAAAUAAGGGAAACAGAGGGAUAAAAUAACUGAGCGGACGUCAGAGAGUGGAGAAGAAGGGACGGGUAAUGGUUAUCUUUUCCCAAUGGGAGUCCGAAACGUGGCAGAUGAAUUUUGACGGUAAAUCUAGAAUAUCUGACUUUUCCUAUUUGGUUGUUUUCUGGAUUGGGAAACUGUGGAGUGUGCGCUGUCACGGCUGAUGUCACGCCACUUGGCAACUAGUUCGUGAGGGAUCGGCCCUGAUCAUUGUGGGCCAGCUUGGACCAUAUAAUAAGAGUCGUACGAUCAGAUUUCUCCCAUUUCGACGGAUGGGAUUGUAGAUCUGAGCCGAACUACGACAGGGAAAAGGGGAAGUUUCGUAAUGAACAACUCCAAGGGUAAAACCGUCAAGAUUUACGAAAAGUUUGAAAAGACUAAAUUGCUCCAAAGUACAAAGAGAAACUGGAGUAUAAAAGCCCAUAAAAUUUGAAGACUGAGCCCCAAAGCCCAAAUACCUUUCCUUAGUCUGAUUGCUCGCUUUCCUCUUCUCCAAUACCAAUGAUUUUCUUCCUAAAACGCUGAAAGCAAUGCUGUCUCUGCAACUCUUCUGCGCAAACCCUAAACCCACUUUUAGGAGCCCUUCAUUUGAACCCCUUUUCAAUCCAAAAUCCCUAAAACCUUCAAAACUCUACCAAAAAUCAAAGCCCAGCCCCAUUUAUUCAGUCCUUCAAUGGAAUAGAACGCCUGAGCUGGCAGGCGAGACCCCCCGCGUGGUAGUUAUAACAUCCGGAAAAGGCGGGGUCGGUAAAACCACCACCACCGCCAAUGUAGGACUUUCUUUAGCACGCCUCGGAUUCUCUGUAGUGGCCAUCGACGCCGACGUUGGCCUUCGAAACCUAGACCUCCUCUUAGGUCUGGAGAACCGUGUGAACUACACGGUCGUCGAGGUCCUCAACGGCGAUUGCCGACUGGACCAGGCAUUGGUUCGAGACAAGCGUUGGUCAAACUUCGAAUUGCUUUGCAUUUCCAAGCCCAGAUCGAAACUCCCCAUCGGAUUCGGUGGGAAAGCGUUGGUUUGGCUGGUCGACGCUCUGAAAGCGCGUGAAGAAGGGUCUCCGGAUUUCAUACUAAUAGAUUGUCCCGCGGGGAUUGAUGCAGGGUUUAUAACGGCAAUAACGCCAGCAAACGAGGCGGUUUUGGUGACGACCCCGGAUAUAACUAGCUUAAGAGAUGCGGAUAGAGUGACGGGGCUGUUAGAAUGUGAUGGGAUAAGGGAUAUAAAGAUGAUAGUGAACAGAGUGAGGACGGAUAUGAUAAAGGGAGAAGAUAUGAUGUCGGUUUUGGAUGUGCAAGAGAUGUUGGGGUUGGCAUUGUUAGGUGUGAUUCCUGAGGAUUCCGAGGUUAUCAGAAGCACUAAUAGAGGGUAUCCGCUGGUUCUGAAUAAGCCGCCCACGCUUGCUGGAUUAGCGUUUGAGCAGGCGGCUUGGAGGCUUGUUGAGCAGGAUAGUAUGAAGGCCGUUAUGGUUGAGGAGGAGCCCAAAAAACGAGGGUUUUUCUCAUUUUUUGGAGGGUAGGGACACGGGGGGAGCUUGUUGAUUGGGCGUUUGGGUAGGGGACUGUGGAGUUGAUCUUUGCCAAGGACUGAGCAGCUAUGUACAGUGAGUAAAGCUUGGUUCCCAUUUGAUUCUUGCUAGUGAUUUAGAAGUUUCUUUUGUUAGAUAGCUAGGCUUGUUGGUUUUGGUUUUUGGGGGAUGUUUGAAAUUUUGUUGGUGUGAAUAUAUUAUUGUUUUUUAAUUUUCUAUACCUAUUGAGUUGAAGCAUUUAAUUGUUCAAACUCUUGACUCUGGUCAAUGAAUCAAAGUAAUUUGACUGUGAUAGAUUCUUCUUUUUUGCUUGUUUUCAGACGAUUCAUAUGUUUCUAGAAUUUGGUGAAUUCAUGGCGGCUUUUGUUUUUUUUGAUGAACUGAAUUCAUCGCAUUCAGUAUCUGAACUUGCUCUUAUAUGAUGCGUUGAGAUACAGAUGAAUAGAUGAUUCAA